AUGGCUGCCGCGACCAGACCAGGGCAUCUCGAGCGGACGGCGGAGGAGCCGAGAGACGAGCGGCUCCACGAGGUGAGGCUCAGUCGGGUAGAGCAAGUCAACGAACGGAUAAGGCUGUUUCGUCUCGAGCUCCAGUCCGGGCAGGCAGCAAAGUUCAUGCCCGGCCAAUGGCUAGACACGUACGUGCCGGGCAUUGCGAAAGCGGGAGGCUUCACCAUCACCUCGGUGCCGUCGUCCGGCGGCGCUGCUGGCAAGGCUGCCGAUGCUGAACCGCCGCCGCCGCCGUACUUUGAGCUCGCGGUGCAGGAGUCCCCCGACAACGAGGUCGCGGCAUGGCUCUGGAGGGCGCCGGAGGAGAUUGUGGGAGCGUUGCUACGGGUGCGCAUCGGCGGGAGCUUCGUGUUCCCCCCUCUGGCGGCGCCUACAGAGGCGAGUUCGAGCGUGCGGCAACAUGGACAGCAGCAGUGGAACAUUGGCACCGUCCGGAACGUCUUCUUUGUCGCCGGCGGCGUUGGCAUCAACCCGCUCGUGAGCAUGCUGGGCGCUCUCGCCGAAACAAGCCAGCCCCCCGGCGGCGACCGCGACGCGCCUCACGUCUACGUCUUGUACGCGACGAAGAUGCCGGCGAGCGGCAACCUCAGCCACGUGCUGUUCCUGGAGAGGGUCGCGAGAUGGUUCGAUGAGGGUCGCUUGCGGGGCCUGCUACGAGUCUACGUCACCGAUGGUAGAGGGGGAGCUCGCCUCCCGCCAGAGGGGGCAUGCACACUGCACGGCGCCCAGGUCGAGAUCCGGCACGGCCGCAUUGUCGAGGGACAGGUCCGGGCCAUGGUCGGGAGCCAGGAUCCCGGGACCAGCCUUGUGUAUGUCUGCGGCCCGCCGACAAUGACGGAUCAAAUGGUCGCGUCGCUCACGUCGCGAGCUGAGGGCAGCCCCAUCAUAGACCCUGGGCUCGUCUUAACGGAGAAGUGGUGGUAA